UGAGGCAGCGCCUCCAAUCCCCUGCGCCCCGCCCCUCGGUCCGGGAACUCGCAUGGGGCGCAGCCGGCUGCCGAAGGAGUUGGAGUGCGUAUCGCCGGGCGCUAGGAGGCAUUGUCGCCGUGCAGGCCCCUUUGUGAAGAGCAGACCGGCCCGUUGGCUGGCAGCAGGACACCCAGGUCUGCAUGCUGAAGAAGAUGGGCGAGGCGGUGGCCAGAGUUGCGAGGAAGGUCAAUGAGACAGUGGAGAGCAGCUCUGACACGCUGGACCUGGCUGAGUGUAAGCUGGUUUCCUUCCCCAUCGGCAUCUACAAGGUCCUGCGGAAUGUCUCAGACCAGAUCCACCUCAUCACACUGGCCAACAACGAGCUCAAGUCCCUCACCAGCAAGUUCAUGACCACAUUCAGUCAGCUCCGAGAGCUCCGCCUAGAAGGGAACUUCCUACAUCGUCUCCCCAAUGAGGUCAGCAACCUGCAGCACCUCAAGGCUAUCGACCUGUCCCGGAACCAGUUCCGAGACUUCCCAGAGCAGCUCACCACCCUGCCAGUGCUGGAGACUAUCAACCUGGAGGAGAACGAGAUCAUGGGGCUUACUGCCACAGUCUCCAUACCUUGGAAACCCCACGCUCCUUGGAAAGCACCUUAAUGGUCCUGUUGAUGUCCGCUGUGGCCUCAGCCACAGAUCAUGAGGAAGAAAGGCCAUCAUCAAGAAGAGAAACAGAUUCAGAGAGGCUCAGGCCUUGCCUGCAGUUGCUUUAAAUGGUAGGGCUUGCACUGGGGCCUGUGUUCUGGCCUUGGUGUCUCAAGAUGUGGACCAGUCAAGGUCAACUCAUCCCUCCCACCUGCCCUGGGGCGGGCACUUAGCUUGCAGGAAUGUUAAGGGCUGGCCAUGUGCUCCCUGAAGGCUGGGGCUAUUCUAUUUCUGUUGGCUUCUUGCUCCAUCCUGGUCAUGAUACUCAGCCUGGGUCCUUGUGGAGGUGGGGGAGACUUAGUCACUCUCUUCUGCCUGGCUCCCUCCCGGCUCUAAGUGUGGCCUAAGGAAUAGGAACAUGGCCCAGAAGUGCCAGGCACGAUUCCCUGUCGCUGCCAGGUUACCAGUUUACCUGCUUGUCUCCUGUGGCAUUCUGAGUGGGGUGUGAAUUUCAUCUCCACAUGACAUCCUUGAUCUUAGUUGUUCUGGUCUCUAAGCAGCAAGAGCUGCCUUGAUUGAGGCUGAGGUGUGAGGCCAGCCUGGCUCCCGGCUGGCCUGAAAUCUCAGGAUGCUUCUGUCAUGAUGGAGGCUGCUGUUCUCUCCUGCGACUUCACCCUCCUUGCCACUUCCCUGGGCCCAGGUGGGGAGGAGGACCUUUUGGACCUCGGGGGUCACAGGAAUGAAGAACAGGGUUCCAGAGCGACCAUGUUUACCAUCUUGCCUCUCAGUUGGUCCCACUGACAAGAAACAAGUUUCCCAGACAAAAAUGCUAAUGACCAAUAAGAGGAAGUCAGGCUGACCCUGGGAAAUAAUGGUUAGUAAAUAUUGCCUUCCCUAGGGCCUGGGGAUUUAGCUCAGUGGUUCCGCCGCCUGCCUCGAAAGCACAAGGUCUCAAGUUCGAUCCCCAGUACCAAAACAAAAAAAAUAAGCAAAACAUUGCCUGCCCUGAUUCUGUGGGCAUCAGUAGUACAGGAAGACUGUCUGCACUGGGAGGAGGGUCGGACAGGGGGUGGUGUUCAUGAUGGUUGAGAUCCUUCUUCCCUCCCACAGACCACAGAGUCUUUGCCUUUUGUCCUCACCCAGGCCAUGAGGCUUUGCCUGUCACUCCUCCCCACUCCCAAUAGCCCCCAUGCACUUGAGGACCAUGGAAAGUUAAGGGGAUCUUACUUUGGCUUCAUAAAAGAAUACAUUCUACAGUCAUAGCCUGAAAGAGACAGAAGAAGCCAGACUCCCAGCCUUUCACCUUCUGGAAUAGUGGAAAGUUGGAAACAACCGGAAUGUCCAGCAACAACGAGCAAGUAGCCAAAGUGCUAGAUCCAUCCACCCCGCGAUGGAGCCAUAGACAUGUCACGAAGACAGGCACAUGAUGGCUAGGUAUCUAAAGAGCCACCUGGGAGCACUAGAAAGUUGAGAAGGCCAGGUGCCAACACGUUCACACUGACUAGUUCCAGAUGAUGGGGCUUGGUGAUUAUAGUUGUGCUAAUCAAUAUCUUCUCAACCUCUAAAUUGGAUUCCUAGGGGUAUGGGCCAGUGUCCUGUCAUACCUUUGGUCCACUGAAGACUGGCCCUGUUUGGCGCAUGGGCACAGAGUAGGUCAGGCUGGAGAUGGGUUCUGAUUCUGGAAUGUAGCUUUGGUCCCAGAGUUGAUUAAGCAAUAUUGAUGAUGAGUCCACCUGUGCUCGGCCCCCAUGGUCUCCUGCCUGGAGGAACUUAGGGUCUCAUUUUCGAGGUAAGAUAGGCAUUUAUCCGAAUACAGGCAUUGAGCCCGUUGUGGGAGCUAUCCUAGGCAUCACCUUCAUAGGAGUAAACAAACAUCUGCAGGUUUCCAAGUGUGCCGCGUGAUACAAGUGUGGUGUAAAGUGUGAUGAGUUUAGAGGGGAUCAGGGGGCGUGACAGGAGGUGGUCUUGGAACUGGAUUCGAGGAGCAGCAGUACAAGGUGGUUGGGCAUGAGGGCGAGACCCAAAGGGUGUAGGAAAAACCAAGCUUCCUUUCCUCUCCAGCUGCACCAGGGUUCAGGCCCACAUCUCUGUGGCCUGGAGCUUGUUCGUUCCUCCCAGCUCUGGUUCCCCCAUCCACAGUUGCAGAUCAUUUCCUAGCCUCCUCUCCACUCUGCAGCCAUCUCUUCCCAUUGUCAGGAUUUUGUGAGCAUAAAUAAUCUAAGCUUUAUCUGGGAACUCCUACCUGGCUUCUUGCACUUGUCACUUGGUAGUUCGACUGCUCUGGUUUGUUGAUUCUGCCAGCUUUGACAUGGUCUGAUGGUCCCAUCGCUCCUACCUCUGAGCUGCCCAAAUGAGUUCAGCAGUGAAAUCAGGGAAAAGAUGCAGGGAGUCCCUGUGUGUCCCUUGAAAGCUUGCCUUUAGCAAGAGGCUCAGAGGAUCCCGCAGACCCCCAAGAGGCCAGCUCAGUGGUAGACAUGGAGGAAGAGUCCGAGAGUUGGGCAGCACUGCUCCCGAGGCCUGGAGUCCCAGGGAUUUGCUCCACGGCUGUACUGCAGCUGGCCUUUGUGCUAUGCCCAGCAAGCCUGUGACAGCAGCCAGGAGGAGAAAGUCUGCCUCCCACACUCUGCCAGCUGCUGUGCAUGCUGCAAGCCUCCCUGGUGAGAGAUGGAGGCAACAUGGAGUCAAGUAUAGGAAGGUCCUUAGCAACUCCCCACUUCAACCCUCCUUGGAGAAACUGAGGCGGGGCACUAGUCCCCAGUGGGUGAAGGGUAGAAGAGUGGCUUAGCCAGUUUGGGCCCCCAUCUUUGAAGUUGGGAUGUCUUGACAGAUGAGAUUAGGAGGUCCUCAGCCCAGGGUCCAGCCUUACCUUCCAGGGGCUGAGGGCCAGAGCACAGAGACUGGUCCUGGCCCUGCCCUUACCCUUCUGACUUGUGGGAUAAAGCACAUGGGCUUUAGGAUCAGGGACUGCCCUGUUUGUGCCAUGCACUGGCCUGGUGGCCUUGUUUGUCAAGAAUCAGAGGCUGUUUCCUUAUCUGCCAAGUGGGUUGUUCUGAGGAACCACUAGAGCAGGAACUCAAGUAUCAGUUCCCAGAAGCAGCCUGCUUCACUGGGCCCAUUUAGACAAGGUGCUAACUUGAUUUCCUUCUGUGUCCAUGGAGGUAGGUACCCAUGAAAUGACUUUACCUCUUAAGAGCCAAGUGCAAGGAGGUUUUCUGAUGCUGGGGUGGACAGGAGCAAAGAGGAUGGUGUCUGUCCCCCAUCUUGAACUGCUGGCUGUGCUGUGUGGGAAAGUAAAGAGUCCAACAAAUUAGCAUUGUUUCUCUCUGAUGAAAGCCACCCAGAGGCUGGAAGUUGCUUCUUCCUGCUGUGCUUUGAUAGUCCUUCUACUUCCAGGGUCUCUAGUGAUCUCUGAAGACCCUGGGGAAGACUAGGAACUGUCCAGUUGGGUCUCUCAGCUCCCAGCAGAGGCAGCCUGGCACUCUGAGCUGUGAGGGUCUUAGGGAGCCUUAACCCAAACCCUCCUCCCUCUCCAUACUAUCUCCGAGCUUGUCUCUGGGGAGUUGGGCUGGUGAUCUCUGUACAGCUCGGAUUAGUGACGGAGCAAUGGCCCAGCCUUGCUGAGUGUGUGUCCCCGCAGCAUGGGGCUGGCCUGCUGCACAAAGGUGUCCUGUUGACUUCUCAUGUCCUCCCUGCAAGUGGGGUGAGAAAGGCCAAGUUCAGAGCUCUCACCGGAGGCAACCCAGACACUGGAAAAGGCAGCCUUACCUUUCUGGCUCCAGAAAUGAGCUCAUGCGUCUUAAUGGCCCCAGUCCCCACCUGCCUGAAGACAGUGAUGGUGUUGGCUGGGCUCCAGGUUUCAGAAGUGCCAUGGACAGAAGGGACAGAUUUGAUUUGUAUGGGACCCAGAGCAGAAAGAACAAAGAGGUACAGAAGAUUCUGCAGGAAACCCUGAAGAUCUGCAAGAAACUCUUCCUUCCAGGGCAGUCAGCAAGCAGAUGCAAUGAGAACCUUAUGGAUCCCGAAAUCCUGUGAGCUUCCCUGAGCCCCUGGCUUCUGUCAGAGAUGGUGUCCCUGGGCUGUGGAGGAGGUUGCUUCUAGCUGGGUGGCCCAGGGAGCCAUGAGCAUUACCAGAAGUGGAAGGCAGACACUCUUGUUGCAUCCCAGGAUGCCCUGAAAACAGACCUUUUUUUAUCUCCCUUCUUUCAUAUCUUGCCUCUGCCACUUCCUGGCUGUGUGCUCUUGGGCAAGUUACUUAACCACUGUGUGCUUCAUCUUACUAUAAGAUGGAAAUAAUAAUAGUACUCAAUUCAAUUAUUGUGUGGGUUAAAUAACUUAAUUAACAUAAAGAGCAUAAGUCAGCGAGCACUCAACACAUGUCAUUCUAAAAACCGUUAUCAAGCUGGACACAGUGGUGCAUGCCUAUAAUCCAAGUCCUCUGGAAGCCUGAGGCAGAAAGAUCUCAAGUUCUAGCUCAGCCUGGGCAACUUAGUGACUUAGCAAGACCCUGUCCAGGACCACACACACACGCACAUUCCCACACACUAUAACAACAAAACAACUCAGCACAGAGCUCCUGAGGCCAGGCUCCUUGAAAAGUCUCCCUUUGCUGGGAACACGCUGGCACCAGAGCCUUGGGGAGGAUAGGCCCCGGGGAGCUCCUUGGCCCUGCCAGGAUGGAGGUUGUAGAGCGUACUAGAAAUCAGAUGGUAGCAUUCUUGGGCCCAAAUCUGCUUCCUAUUAACUAUGUGCCAUGAAGCUGUCUUUCCUAGCCUCAGUUUCCCUGUCUCCAUAGUGGACUGAGGAGCCCAUGUGCUUCUGCAUUCCCGCAGCUGUGGAAGUGCUUUGUAAACUGAAUACUGUGAGGAGCUGUCCAAGCUGUGGCCUCCCUUCUCCCUCUCCUGGUGGAGCCAGGGAGUCACCAUAUCCCAGCUACCAAGCCCAGGGGAGGAAGGUGUCUGUCUCCAGGAUAUUCAGCUGUGUGGGUCUGUCCAGAGGAUAGAAAGCCACCUGUUUUGGAGGGUCACAGAGCCCCAGGCACUGCCCACCUUUCCCACAGGACACAGGCAGGGGAAGGGAGGGAAGCAAAGAGCUUGUGGAAGGUCCCAGUGUGGGGUCUGUCAACCUGCUGCUGGGGCAGCAGGGCCUGGCAGCCUGUUGAAAGCCUUUGGAGGGUUAGGGUAACUAGAGCCCUCCCUACAUGUGGAGGAAGUUCUUAGAGCAGUUAGAUGCAUUACACACACACACACACACACACACACACACACGCACACACUUUGAUAUACCUCUGGGCACAUCCAAAGACCUUCUCACAGCCGCCCUUAAGGAUAGACGAGUCGGGCCGGGGAUUUAGCUCAGUGGUUCUGCCACCUGCCUCGCAAGCGCAAGGUUCUGAGUUCGAUCCCUGGUACCAAAAACAAAACAAAACAAAGGAUAGACGAGUCUACCUGGGUGUCCAUCACUGGCAGAGUAGAGAGACAGAGAGGGGUGGGUACAUGGCGUGGUGUGGUGGGCAGCAGUCAAAAGCAGCAGAUCAGAUGUGCACAGGGCCCGUAGACUGGGUGAGUCAGCAGUCCCGUGCCAGUCGUUGGCCCUGAUACUCUUGCCCACUGAGAGGAACCAGCACUUCUAAUGCUGAUCCCAAGGGCUAGGGCAGGGAAGGCUCAUGAUGACUCUUACUAGAAAGUAAGAAAGUGCAUCCCCCAAAUGCUGAGAGCAUGACAAAAGAUACGGGAAGGGCUGGGGAUGUAGCUCAUGGUACAGCACUUACCUGGCAUGCACAAGGCCUUGGGUUCUGAUCCAGGCACUGCUGUUAAAAAAUAAAGAAGCCAGGUUGAAGAGGCCUCCACUGGCUAAAUCUGGGCACUAAAUUAAUUAAAUGCAAUAAUGCCUGUUAAGUCACUAGAAACACAGGAGUCCAUAGUGAUGAUAAAUAAAUAAAUGGGAGAGGAGGGAAGGCUUUAGCUUACAUAGGGACUGCUAAUGUUGGAAAAUCAGCAUCCAAAAGAUCAGAUCAUGCAAGACUCUUCUCUGGGUGCUAAAUCAGAGUGAAAGGGGAGCAGCAGUGGGAUAUUUGCAUGCUUUUAAAAUGUGCCUCCACAGACCUCUUGUUAAUUGCUAGGGAGAAAACAGUAAUUAUACAGUAGACAAACUGAGCACCACAUUAAUCAAGUGGUCAUCAAAAUUGACAAAUAAGAGGGUUGGGGAUUUACCUCAGUGGUGCCUCCAGCUGCUUCGCAAGCGAAAGGUCCUGAGUUCGAUCCCCAGUACAAAAAAAAAAAAAUUGACAAUAAGAUGGAUUUAACGUGGCUUCCAGUGUGAAGUCCCUAAAACAGGCCACCUGUGCAGUCUUUCAGCUGGGCACACGUCCUUCCAAUCUCACGACAGACACAAAAAGAGGGUUGUCUGUUUUCCAGAUUGGGAAACUGAGGUACAAGGAAGUAACACAAGUAGGUGGUAAUGCUGGGCCUUCAGCUUAGGUCUUCCUAUUCCUUGGGGUCUGUGUUAUGUGAUGCUGUCCCCUCAUUUAUACCUCAGUGUAUUGGGCCUUGGAUUAGUUAGGUCAUUACUUUAUAUCUGUUACCAUGUGGGGCUUGGGCUGAGUUUUAAGAAAUGCCCUAAUAUCCUUAUAUAUAUUGAGUGGAUGACAAUUUGAAACUUGACUUCCACAAUCCACACAUUAGUUGGAAAUCAGAGCUUAGCAGGAGAUCAGUUUGCUCUGACUUCAGAGAACUGAAUCUCUGGGUGAGGACCCACACAACAUGGCCUGGGACUUCGCAGAGAGCUCUUAACAGGCAAUGAUGGGAGGGACACAAUAUCGAGAGUCCUGGUAAGGUGAGAUUUUAACCGAUUGUCCUUAGAUGGAGCCAAGACAGUCAGGUCUCCUCCUUUGGCGACUCCUCAGGGCCACCAUAGACGAGAGUAGUGAUGACGAACCUUUUAGAGCUUUCAGUGAUAAUAAACAGCCUGCUGUGGGAUGUGUGCCAUAGGUUUGCCACCCCUGGACUAGAGAAUGGUGUGUCCAUGAUCAGUAAGAAUUCCCAUACGGCCCAUCUUCAGCCCCUUCUCUCUUGGCCAGGAUAUUCUUAACUUCAUGGACAGAACAUUCUUUUUUAACAGUGAUACUGAGAUAUGUAAUAUAUUAGGUGAUUAUAAUGUAACAGUAUAUAGCAUGUAUAUCACAUACCAUGAAAUUCAACUCAUUUAAAGUAUACGAUUCAAUGGAGUUUGGCUUAGCACAUUAUUUUUUAAAUUGUGACACUAAAAGCUGGGCAUGGUGGCACACAUCUGUAAUCCUGGCACUUGGAAGGCUGAGGUAGGAGGAUUGAUGUGAGUUCAAGGCCAGCCUGGGCUACAUAGUGAGUUCAAGACCAACCUGAACAUAGGGCCUGCCUCAAAAUAAAUAAAAUGUGACACUAUAACAAAAUUUGCCAUUUUAACCCUUUUUAAGCAAAUAGUUCAGCAGCAUUAAU